GUGUGGGUGGUCAUAUCUGAGUAUGAAUUUCGCGCUACUUUUUAAACCAAAACUUAUCCGGAUACCCCGGAUAAUACCACGUCAAAAAGGGCUUGUUAAAUAUGUCUCGCCAGAAGACGAACUGGAAUCAACGCAACAGCUCUUGGCACGCAUCCCGCUGCACAACCGAACCUACGGCUGCGAGGCGGCGGAGGCUGAACUGCAGCUCUUUCCAUUCACGUAGUCGAGCUUUAACCAUCGCGUCCGAGUUGGACAAAUGCAUGAGCCCCACGACAACGUACUGGGAUUGAAUCCCUGACCCGUUCGCCAGUGUCGUGAGAAGGAUGGCUUGUGUCCGUUCAGAUUGCAGCACGUUCCAUGCUACGUCAUCGUCGCUGUCUUGUCGCCCACGGCGCGCCAACGCGAGCGCAAGAAACGACAGCACGGCAGCAGCAAUAUCUUUGUGCUCAACCUUGGCUGUCGGGCUUCCCAACACAUCCACCAUCGCAGGUAAGCCCCCCAACGCGAUGAUCUUUGCAGCGAGUUUGGACCGCUGGGCCAUUCCAAAUAGUAUUUCUAACGCUGGCGUUGACCCGCUGUCCAUCUUUCGUACGGCUUCGAGCAAGUCGGGGACAUUUGCAGCAGCAGAUUCGGACAAGCUGAGCUUUCGGUUGGCUUCGUCUGGAGCUGUGGGAACCUCCGUGCCUAUGGAGUGCCGCCGAGGCUUCGAACUGUAACCCGACUGUGUUAGGUGGUCAUUCGUGUCGACGCCGGUGAUUGAGCCCUUUCGACGCGGCACUUUUUCGAUUGUGGGUCUGGGUGACAUGGGCGCAUGCAGCAUUGUCACCGCCGCCACGUAAAUGGGAAGAAUGAUGAAGGAAGGAGCCGAGUCGGCAACCGCGAGGGCGACUUCGUACUCGAGGAGCAGAUUGUCGGCGGUAUGGUCCAACGACUCAUCGCGGCAUUUUGCCAACCCCGCGUGGGACAACAGGGCGAGAAAGACGCGGCUCUGAGUGAGUCCUCGGAGGAACCCUUCCUUCCACGGUUCGCCAGUUUUGAGACUCAUGCGGUCCAAAAAUGGGUGAAGGUUGCGAGUUUUUAGGUGAAGGUACAAUUUCUCGGCCAGGCCUUUUUCACUUGCGACGCGGUAAUUGAUGAAACAAUCGUACGACGUGACCCCGUCGCAUCGAGAAGGGCCGACGGCAUGGCAAAUGGCGUCGAGAACUGCAGAGAGAUCGUCCGGGUCGAUCAAAUGCACGCCUUGGUAAGCCAAGAGACGGCCCAGAAGGAUGCUAGGUGGCUGGGUCACGCGAGUUGGGAUCGAUGGAUCCAAGUUUGGCUGUCGGGGUGCAUUCAGCGCAGGCGUACCCACUGGACGCUUUAGCUUGGUGAGGUGCAUGCCGAGCAGCUUGCGAUGUGCCUUGCUCAGGAUACCCACGUCCAAGAGCAACCCGUCCAGGUCGGACUCGGUCAAGAUUGCGAGGAUGCUGCCAUCGAUCCCGUUUCGUACAAACGUAUCCGCGUAUUCCUUAUAUGCAUCCCCCAGCUUCGCGACCUGGUAGGCCACGUCAUGCGCGCUCAGGGUCUGCAGUGACGCCCCUGCUCCCAUCUUCCUCAAUGACCUGGCACAACAAUGGCGACU